AUGUUGACAAGGUUAUCGUCUCCCCCCCCAGUUAGGUAAAUGGACAUCUUCUGCACCACUCGGGGCGUAUAAAUGGGAAGGAGAGCCGAAAAUCUGUAAUGCUGCGCCGGAUACGGCGGUCUCUCCGGCAGGUGCUGUUUCUGAUGGCCCGGAGACCCGAUGUUGUCUGUGGGGUUUUACUCUUAAGUGUACUUCUCAUACUCGCCGUCAAGUUUACUUGCAGCCGUGCUAAGAAUGUGGUUGCCUCAGCCCGCCCACCUGUGCGAUUCUUUUCUGCCGAGGUACCAGUGGUGGACCUAUACCUGGGCCAGCUGGAUCAGGUGGAACGUCUGAGGGCUGUGGCUGAAGUAUCACUUGUUUUCUUCUAUGCACCCUGGUGUGCUCAUUCAAUGGCUGCCCGGCAAGAAGUGCAGCAAGUGGCCAAAAAAUUGGCCAAACAGGUCCAGUUUGUGGCUGUAAAUUGCUGGUGGAGUCAGGGAAAAUGCCGGAAGCAGAAUCAUUUCUAUCACUACCCAGUUAUCCAUCUCUUCUAUAGAAGGUUUGGGCCUAUAGAGUACAAGGGUCCGUUCAUUGCUGCCUAUGUUGAGAGUUUUGUGCUCAGAGUCAUCACACCACUCACUUAUCUGCCAUCAAGAGCCACUCUCCAGGAUUUUCUCUCCUACCAUGAGCCAGGAGUGGUUGGUUUCUUUCAGUUCAACUCCUCUCCUCAACCACCAGGAUACAUUACCUAUCUUUCCUCUGCCCUGCAAGCCCUCAAGAGGGAUUUCCGUGGUGUAAUACGUUUUGGAGUGGUGACCAGUAGUCAAGUGGCAGAGGCGAUCUCGAUCAAAGACGAUGAAACUGUUUAUCUCCACCGACGGUUCAACUCGUCCUUGAUUUUCCCUCGCAAAGAGCGGAACUUCACCUCAGUGAACAUCUGUGGCUGGGUGUUUGAGCACCGUGAGACAGUCCUUCAGUGGCUGCAGCCUCCUGGGACAAAGUCCCGCCUCCUGGAACAGGAACUGACCAAAGGCCCUGCACUCUUGUUGUUUCUGCCUCACACUCCCCUUGGGUCCAAGCCAAACCCCAUACUCACCCAGAUUGCAGACGUUGCUGUGCGUUAUCAUUCGUGUGACAACCCCAGCUGGAUUAGUGAUGGCACCUCUGUGUUUGACUCUGUGUGCUGUCAGUCAGUGGUUGUUCCUGGCUCUAGUACAGUCACCGGCACUAAUUUUUGUGAGUUGUGCUUAAAUUUUUCUAAACGAGAUUCAACCAACUCUGCAAUGCCUUGCUCUUUCCUUGCUGUGGCUCAGGGAGGGGCUGUGUUGCACUCUUACCUCAGACACUGCUGCCAGUAUGGACCACCCACUCCUGUGUCCAUAACAGCUCCAACAGUGACUCCUUCAGCUGCAUGUAGCAACUUUUUAAGUAGCUACAGCCCGUUUGGUCUGUACAGUGCCUGCUGCAGACAAAUCAAACCCCAACUCCAUGCCUAUUCCUCACAAGCCAGUGUAAACUCGGAGAGAAUACCCGUGGCACCUCCCUCUUCCGCCAUCUCUCUGUCCUCCGUUUCCUACCAGGGAGUAGGCGGGAUCACUGGACUGCGAUGUCGUACCAAUAAAACACUGAGGUUCUAUGUGCUCGAUGUUGCCUUGAACUGGCCUCUGGCUGUGAGGCUUGGGGCUCCAAGCAACAAGACCGCUUUUCAUCAGAUGGACCUGGGGUUGAACGGUGAUGGUAGCGCUGAUUCUCUGUUCGCAACCAUUGUGAACCUUAAGGACGAGGUUCAUUAUAUCCUUCAACGCACCCCAACAACUCCCUUAAAAGAGUCUCUAGAGGCCUUCAUAAGGAACUUCAGUGCACCCUACAGCCUCUUGCAAAGACACCUGGUGGAGUGGAAAGGGGAGGAAGGUGAGGAGAAGGCCAGGCAUCCUGUAGAGGAGCAGUCACCUCCUUGCCCCCACAUCAUCACAGAGCUCACCACCUCCUCCCUCCUGCCCUUUGUCAUGGACCCUGACAAGGAUGUGCUGCUGUUCUACUACACCCAAUGGUGUGGCUUCUGCUCAGUCCUCAACCACAUUGUCAUCCAACUGGCAAAACUAUUCCAAGGCAAUGGCACUGUCACUAUUGCUAGGAUUAAUGUUGCACGUAAUGACCUUCCAUGGGAGUUUAUGGUGGACCAUGUUCCCUCUAUUCUCCUCUUUCCUAGACACAGGAAACAACAAAGUGUGAAAUUCCCAGAUGACAUGCCCAUCACAUUACCCAACCUCUUACGGUUUGUCCUUAAACACUUGGGCUCAGGCCGUCACACAGACAGAUCUACAAAAGCAUCAGGUGAGGGCGAUGGGCUGGGGCCUGGCGCUCUCCUACGUGCGGAGUUCCUGGCACUCCAAGGCGAGGUUCACACACUGCAUCUUGCUUGCGAGCGUCUCUCCCAACAGUUAACGCAGCUUUGGCGCGACAACCGUCGGCUGACGUUCAACACGCGCACCUUAGAGGCCCAGAAUGCUGAGCUACAGCAGGAGAGGCAAAGCUUGGAGGAACAGCAUCGGGAGAAGAGCCGUCAGCUCGAAAAGGCAGUGAGACGGCUCCAGGAGCUGGCAGACGCUUCUGAGACCCUCCUGAAUGAAAACACACUGCUCAGGGUUUUACUAAGGGCACUGAAGGACAGGACAGAAGUGAAGUUGAGGGGGGAUGUGGGGAAAAAAGGGGGGGAGCAGAAGCGAAACCAUCUAGCCUCAUGACAAAUGGUCUCCAGGGGAUCUUGACAGCAGCUGAGCAGAGGAGCGAGGAAAGAAAACCAGAGGCAUGGUGGCCAAGAAAUGAGUGGACGAUGGGAGAACACCUGGCAUAGAUGAAUGGGCGAAAUCAGAAUUUGGUAGGAGCUGAAAAGGAGUCAUCAGAAUUGCUGAGCAGAAGUGCUAAAUGAGGAUGAGAUGGAAACCCAAUGGAACAUGACCACAAAGAAUUGGUGAGGAUGGAAGUUAGACAUUUUUGGGGGUAAAAUUAGAAACGCCACCUAAACAAUACAGGGCAACAUCUGCAGCAAGGGAAUUUUUUUAGUGGGGUGUGAGCAGAGAAUGAGAGAAAAGUAGUCACAGGAAUUAGCAGGGUGCUUCAAAGAACAGAGUUUGGCUUUAGGGUUUGACACAAAACCAAUCUCCAAUGGGUGCUGUGUAGUGAGUAACCAAGCUCUGAACUCUAGACACUGUUGGAUAGAGCUUUAGUGCCAACUGUCUUAUCAAAGGGCUCUUUUCUGAUUUGGAGCUUGCAUAACUUAAACAUCCAAUGAAGGAUAGAGAAGUGACCAGUGUCACCUGACCUCUUACAGAGACCUUGUACACGAGUCCUUUACCAUUUUGAAAGUAUGCCCUCUUCCACUGUCCUACAGGCUUGGGGUUGGUGAGUUUUACCCUAUAAUGCCAUGUUUUUGGAUUAAAGUGGGGCAACGUCUGUGUGCAAAUGCAAGCGAUUUAAAAAAAAAAAAAAUUGAGAUGCAAUAGGAGUUGGCCUUUAAUGGAGCUGAGCUGUAUUUAAAAUUGAAGAUGAGAGCCUGCUCUCUGAGGGCUUUUUUUGGGGGGUGGGGUGGCCCAAUUAACACUUGGAACUAAUUCACGAGACAUUUGAAGGGGAUAAUAAUUAUCCAGCGAAAAUCAUCUUUUGUGGACUUAAUAUAUUUUGGCAGGAAUCCUGGAAUGACAAAAAUUAUGUCUAUUGCUAUGUAACUAUUCAGGUCUUAAAAAUACAAUGCUCCAGUUGUUUACAUGUGAAAUAUUGCACCAGUUUUUACUGAUUAAAA